AUGGCUAAGCAAUAUCAACUUCCCUUCCAGUUGGAUGAUCCAACUCUGCUACAUUUCGACUCCUUCAUCAACAACGAAUGGGUUACAGCAGUAGAUGGUAGCCGAUUCGAAGUCUCUGACCCAGGCACCUCCCUCCCAUGGGGCAGCUGUCCUAACAACUCCGCUGCCGAUGUUCCCAAAGCCGUCGAAUCCUCCCACGCCGCCUUCGAACAAUUCAAAAAAGUAAACCCCCGCAUCAGAGCGCAGCUCUUGAUAAAAUGGGACGGCCUGAUCCGCGAGGCGCGUUCAGAUCUCGCCAAAAUCCUUACUCACGAGACCGGAAAGCCGAUCGCGGAAGCGUACGGUGAAAUCGACUAUGCUCUAGGCUUCACAUGGUGGUUUGCCGGCGAGGCAGAGAGAAUCCAGGGCGGCAUCGCCGUACCCUCAGCGGCCAACAGGCGUGUAUUUACAAUUAAACAGCCCAUUGGCGUCGCUGCGGCAUUGAUCCCAUGGAACUUCCCCAUUGCCAUGGCCUUGCGAAAGGCCGCCGCAGCCUUCGCCGCCGGCUGCACGAUGAUCAUCAAACCUAGCCCCGAAACGCCAAUCACCACCCUCGUAAUUGCCCAUCUCGCCACAAAGGCCGGCUUCCCCCCCGGUGUCCUCAAUGUCCUGACGACCGACUUGGAUAACACUCCAGCUCUCAGCGAAGCGCUCUGCAAGCACCCACUUGUCAAGAAAGUGACAUUCACCGGCUCUACGCGCGUCGGCAAACUAAUUGCCGCCCACUGCGCCCCGGGCCUGAAAAAGGUCACGUUGGAACUAGGCGGGAACUGCCCCUUCAUCGUCUUCGACGACGCAAACCUCGAGCAAGCCCUGGGCCAGCUCAUGUCUCUCAAAUGGCGCCAUGCCGGCCAGGCCUGCAUUACCGCCAACCGCAUCUACGUCCAGAGCGGCGUGUACGAGAAAUUCGCGCAGUUGCUCAAGGAGCGCACCAGCGCCCUCGUUGUGGGUCAUGGCGCCAAGCCUGACACCACCAUGGGCCCCGUUACCACGCCACGCAGUCUCGACAAAGCUGAGGGCCAGGUUGAGGACGCCGUGAAGCUGGGCGGGAAGGUUAUUUUGGGCGGUAGGCGGAAAAAGGACUGCGGUGGCGGUUAUUUCUUUGAGCCUACCAUCAUCACGGAUAUGAAGGCGGAUAUGUUGAUAUCGCGGGAGGAGACGUUUGCGCCAAUUGCGGCGCUGUAUAAAUUUGAGACGGAGGAGGAGGCGGUGAAGUGGGCGAAUGACACGAGCAUGGGGUUGGCGAGUUAUGCGUUUACAAAGGAUGUCGAUCGUAUGUGGCGGAUGCUCGAGAAUUUGGAGGCGGGUAUGAUUGGGUUGAAUACUGGUAACUCAUCCGCUGCAGAAUCUCCAUUCGGCGGUAUUAAAGAAUCCGGAUAUGGCAAGGAAAGCGGCAAAGACGUCGCUGUUGCGGAGUACUUGAUCACCAAGACUGGCACUUUUACACUGGAAGGGCAGUAUUAG